AUGUCUAAUAAUGUAAUUGUCGGAAUCUUCACCGGAAUUAACAUCAGCGCCGAACACGCGGUAGCCACAGCCACUUCCCAGAAAGCGGCAUUGGAGGCGGCCAUCAAUGCCGCGGAAUAUUACAUGAAAGCGCUGCGCCUGGCAGCCCCCGACGAUAAAAAACAGCUCGACACAAAAUGCAAAGAAUUACUGUCCAAAGCCGAGAAGAUCAAAGCUGCUACUGACUGGCAAUCUGUUGCUCGUGCGGGGCCCCAGAAAGCCUUCCCUAGCUUACGGCCACCGGCAUCCACGCGGAAGCUCACCACUCGUGAAGAAAUCAUCAUCCUUGAAGGCGCCAAACUUAACGGCUAUAUUUUCCCACCAUGGAGUCGUGCGCCGCUUCAGGAUGAAUUUGUAUAUAAAGGACAGCCUUUUACGGAUGCGCCUGAUUUACACCUCUCCGAAUGCCAAAGAGAAAAUUUUGCAGGCUGGAAAAGGCCUCGUGAUCUGCUAUGGACAAAGAAUGUGGCUAACCAGACGCAUGAUGCAAUUGACCCAGCUAUGUCAGCUUCGGGGCAGACAGAUCUUGUGCAGGAUGUCUUGACAGACUGCUCAGUAGUUGCGAGCCUCUGUGCUACAACAUCUCGAUCGGAGCGAGGUCUAGGGCAGCAUGCAUCGCCAACAUUGUACCCUUGCAGUGAGGAAAAGAACCCGGAACUUUCGCCUUCUGGAAAGUACAUAUUUCGCUUUUACUUCAAUGGAUCUUUCCGAAAGGUAGUGAUAGAUGAUCGAUUGCCGUCCUCGAAGACUACACGCUCGCUUCACGUAAUUGAUCGAAAUAACUCGAACUUUUUGUGGCCUGCUCUUGUGGAAAAGGCCUACUUGAAAGUCCGCGGAGGCUAUGAUUUCCCAGGAAGUAACUCAGGGACCGACCUUUGGGUGCUUACUGGUUGGAUUCCGGAACAAGUCUUUUUACAUCACGAUGAUUCGACCUCCGAUGAGAUCUGGGGACGUUUAUACAAUGCCUUUUGGCAUGGUGAUGUGAUUUUGACUAUCGGUACUGGGAAGCUGACUGAACGGGAACAACAAGGCCUGGGGCUAGUGGGCGAGCACGAUUAUGCGAUCCUGGACAUGAAGGAAAUCCAUGGUCGUCGCCAGUUUCUUUUGAAGAACCCGUGGGCUGGCGCAGAACCCAACAUGCAAAGCAAUAUUACGGCCGAUCUCAGCUCACUCGACCUGAAUGAUAAACCUCCCCUUUCUCCAGGAAAAUUCUGGAUGGACUGUGAACAAGUCCUUCAAAAUUUCGAGAACCUUUACCUUAACUGGAAUCCCGGUUUGUUCAAGUAUCGCGAGGACAUACAUUUCACUUGGGAUUUGUCGCAUGGUCGAGUUAUCGCCGGCUGCUUCGUGAAGAAUCCCCAAUUCUCCAUCUCAAGUGAUUCAGGGGGAACAGUCUGGCUGCUGCUGGGGAAGCAUUUCAAGACGGACCAGCAACAGUUCAGCUCUGCAGGAUCAGAAAAUGAAACAGGAUUCAUCAGCAUCUACAUAUUCAGAGCAGAUGGCCGAAGAGUGUCUCUCAGUGACGGUGCGCUCCAUCGCGGGCCAUACGUGGACUCUCCCAACACGCUUAUGAGGCUGGAAAUGCCUCCCAAGUCGACAUACACCGCAGUGGUCUCGGAGCAAUCGCUUCCAUCAUCCACCCAAAAUUUCACCCUCUCUGCAUUUUCAACUGCCCCUGUCUCUGUGGCACCAUCGCUAGAUAAGUAUCUAUGCUUGACCAAGGCAAAUGGUUGCUGGACAGCAAUGACAGCAGGCGGAAAUGCCGAGUCACCUCGAUAUCAUUCCAAUCCACAAUUCAGUAUCAGAAUUUCCGAACCGACAGACGUCUCAAUAUUGCUCGAAACCACUGAAGCAGAGCUAGCAACCCACGUGAAAAUCUUCUGGUCAAACGGGCAACGAGUAUCGCGUGUGCGAAGCCGAGACAUCAUUGCAGAUAGUGGCGAUUACCGUCGGGGAUGUGCGUUGGCCGAGACCAAGUCCCUGGAAAGAGGAAUUUACACUAUAGUCUGCUCUACAUUUGCGCCUGACCAGCUUGGCUGCUUUACGUUAUGGAUUUCGUCCACCAUCCCGUGUGUAGUCCAGCCCUUGGUUUCCGAGUCUGCUGGACGGCGCACCGUCCUAUCCGAAGUAGGAGUUCUGCCACCGGGCAAGGACCGGAUGCUGGCAUCGCUGCAAGUCCCUCGUUUGACACGAACCCGACUUAUUGCGAGAAGUAAGCGGUCCAUGAUCGGAUCUCGUGCCGUUGCUCCGUCUCCUGUGCUCAUGACCGUAGAGCUGGGCCAGGGACCAUAUAAGGAGAUACUGGCCACCUCAGAGGAUGGAACCCACAGCGAUGCUGCGUCUGGGGUACGAGUUGAUGAUUUUGAUUUGCUACCUAGCCCUGAAUCACGCUAUGUAUGGAUCGUCAUUGAGCGUAUUGGGGGUCCGGGAGGGCAGGUGGAGGAUCAUCUCGAAGUGGAAGCAUUGGCAGAGGAAAAAGUAGAGAUUGGAAAGUGGGCAAUUGAAGAUGAAUGA